GCGUACUUCGAUCACGCACACACUCCCAAUCUGUGCUCUCGUUGCUUGCACACGAAUAGCGGAGACGUUGAGGAGUGGGGCUUUCAACGGAGGAGCUGCCAGGUGCGCCUCAUGCCUGUCUUUGUGUCUUCCUAGGACCGAGUUUCUCUCAAAUUCUCUGUGCACCGUGAAGCUUGUCGAGGGGGAGUGGAGGCAGAGGUCGAGGGCAAUGGCGCGUCAGGUGGUUCUUGCGGCCGUUCUUUUGCUGAUCGCUGCUGCAGUUCUGGCGAGCGCGCAGACUCCGACUGAGGUGACCAUCGGUUGGGUCACCUACGCAGGCAACGGCUGCAAUUACGACAACACCAACUGGGUGCUGUCGAACGACUACAAGACUGUCACCUUCAUGUUCGGCGGGAUGGUUGCGACCACGGACGGGUCGCUCGCCGACAAGAGGAAGUCUUGCCAGAUGUCGUUCUCUAUGAACUACCCCGAUGGCUGGAGCGUCUCCAUUGGUCAGGCCACGGGCCGCGGGUUCGCUGACAUCGCCGAGAACUCCGACGGCAUCUACGAGACGCACUACUACUUCUCCGGACAAACGGGGACGGCCAUGGUGGAGCGCAAAAUCAAAGGCCCAAAGGUUGGCAGCUUCGAGUUCACGGACGACUUCCUGACGCUUGUCUGGAGCGACUGCAACAACGCGCCCAACCUGAACAUCAAGACGGUGGUGAGAGUGGAGGGCCAGAAGGCUGUCAUGGCGCUCGACUCCCAGGAUACCAAGUUCCAGCUCAUCUUCAAUCUCCAAUGGAGGCAGUGUCCGCAAAAUUGAGACCCCCGUUCACCAUCUCGAACUGAGGGUGGCGGCCCUGGCCGGUGAGCGGGAGGAGACAAAGAGCGGAGGGGUGGGAGAGGAGGGUAGCCGACUCGUCAGGGCUCACCUUGGCGGAAUCUGAGGGAAAGAGGCUACGGUCGAUGCAGUGGCACUUUUGAGAAGAUCGUGCCUACCGUUCCUCGGCACUCGUGUGAAGGGAGAGCAUGGAGAUGGCCUUGCGGUCCUAGCAGUAGUUGCAAACGACGAAAGAAAGUGUGGGCGGUUGUCUUCCAGGUAAACAAAAGGUAGAUACCAGA